GUUAUUGUUGGUGAUUCGUUAUCGGUAAUUGGUCAUGUCAUUGGUCGAGGUAACUAGGUCAUUAUUAUUAUAAUAAGCACUGACAGUUCCAUCGCCGUUCUGCGUUUCCUGUCGUUCUUUAAGAUGAUGUGAUAUCUAGAACUACAAGGAAAUGGCUCCAGUAUCAAUUCUACCAGAUCUGGACGGCUCCCUGGGGAUCGCCCUUCUUUGCUUCGUUCUCUUGACAGUAUUGUACACUAUCAAUGUACUAUUCUUCCGUGUGGCCAGCCCAAAAGGCGUGCCUCUGAUACGAGAACCACCUGGGAACACGAGCUUCAGCUUCAAGACACGACUCGCGUAUUUUACCGACUGCAAGUCUCUUUACCGCGAAGCCUACGAAAACUACUCUAAAAAAGGCAAAGUCGUCAUUAUCCCAGGCUUCGGUGUCCGCCAGGAGAUCAUAUUGCCUACUAGCUCUUUGGGCUGGGCAUUGAAGCAGCCUGAGACCGUGCUCAGCGUCGGCGAUGCUUUUGCCGAAGUCGACCAAGCCCAUUACAGUCUCGGUCACUCAAAAUAUGUCACCGACGCGUGGCAGGGCCAUCUUGUCAAGACUGAACUAAACCACGUCUUGGAGAAUAUUGUUGCUGCGUUGAAUGAUGAGCUGGGAAUUGCUUUUAGUGCCUAUUUUGGUACUGAUGAGGAUGAGUGGAAAGUCAUUGAUCUGUUGGAGACCAUACGGAUGGUUGUGGCGCAGGCAGCGAGUCGGUUUACAGUUGGAUUGCCAUUGUGCCGCGAUGUUCAGUAUAUCCGAGACUGCUUUGACGCGAUCGAUGGCUGCAUCAUCAACGCGGGAGUUACUGGUGGCACUCCUCCUAUGCUACGCCCCUUGGUCGGACCAAUCGCCGGUCUCAAGACUCAGCUCGCCCAGAGAAAGGUCAGGAAGCACUUUGAGCCAAUCUACCGCGCGCGCCUCGAAACCCUCAAGUAUGCAAAGGAUGACCCGCAGCAUGUCGAGCCUCAGGACCACCUGCAGAUGAUGAUACGCUUCGCACAGAAGGAGCGACCCGAUGAGCUCUACGAUCUAGACGUUAUGGCUCGCCGUCUCACCAGCGCCAACUUCGGCUCCAUGCAUCAGACAAGUAUCCAAGCGAGCAACAUGCUGCUGAAUAUCUUGGGCUCGGAUACCGAAUACAACACCAUCGCCAUUCUUCGCGACGAGGUCAAUCAGGUCAUGGGCACCGACACGGAAUGGACCAAGGCUAAAGUAUCCAAGAUGAUCAAGGCAGACAGUGUUGCCCGCGAGACGCUACGCUGCCAUUCGUUCGGGGGCAGAGCGGUUUUCCGCAAAGUUCUAACCCACGGGGUAGAAACCGACACGGGUAUUAAGCUACCCAAGGGAUCCCUGAUCUCUUUUCUUAGUCAGCCAGUGCAUACAGAUGAAGACAUGUAUGAAGAAGCGCUCAAGUACGACCCGUUCAGAUUCUCGCGGAUCCGAGAGUCUGAUCCUGAUUCGACCAAGAUAAAUACGCUUAGCUUUGUGUCGACGAGUCCCAACUAUCUGUCAUUCGGCCACGGUAAACACGCUUGUCCAGGGCGCUUCCUGAUCGAUUUUGAGUUGAAGAUGAUAAUUGCGUAUGUCCUCAUGAACUAUGAUAUCAAAUUUCCGGAAGAAUACGGCGGCAAGCGGCCUGAAAACCGGUGGUUGACAGAGGCAAUUAUGCCUCCUGAUGGCGUGAAGGUGUCAAUUAAGAGACGGAAGGCUACGACAUCCUAAUAAGAAAUGGGUAGAAUAGUCAAUAUGGAAUUGGAUGAAAUAAUUAUGGUUAUCAAGAAAAUUUCAUUCUCAUAUCUGACUCCGGGCUCAUAAACAUGUAAUACUCCAACUCUUCAAAAGUUUUAGCCAACUCCACCAAAAUCUCAGUCAACUUCUCAGGCGCUGCAAGCUGCGGACUAAAAAAUACAUAUAAU